UUUCUCUUAGCGCCAUCUUUAGAAAUUAGUGAAGGAGAAAAACUGAAUAAGGCUCGUCUUCCUUCUGGGUUGGGGAGCAGCCGAAGGGUGCCGGCAGUUACAGAAUUUACUGAGGGUGAGAUUCGGCGAGCGACCAUGGGUGUGAAGGUACAGCGCCCACGCUGCUUCUUUGAUAUAGCCAUCAGCAACGUGCCUGUGGGAAGAGUUGUGUUUGAAUUGUUUUCUGAUGUGUGUCCUAAAACAUGUGAAAACUUCCGCUGCCUUUGCACAGGGGAAAAGGGCAUUGGAAAGGGUACGCAGAAACCAUUGCAUUACAAAGGAUGUUUGUUUCACAGAAUUGUAAAGGAUUUUAUGAUUCAAGGAGGAGACUUCAGUGAAGGAAAUGGCAGAGGCGGUGAAUCUGUUUAUGGAGGAUUUUUUGAAGAUGAAAGUUUCUCUGUCAAACACAACAAAGAGUACCUGUUAUCAAUGGCUAACAGAGGCAAAGAUACAAAUGGCUCACAGUUCUUCAUAACAACAAAGCCUACACCUCAUUUAGAUGGCGUUCAUGUAGUUUUUGGCCAAGUGAUCUCUGGCCAGGAGGUGAUAAAGACUAUUGAGAAUGAGAAGACAGAUGCUAGCAGCAGACCGUAUGCUGAAGUAAAAGUUAUCAGCUGUGGGGAGCUCAUUCCAAAAUCUAAAGCCAAAAAGGAAGAACGGAAAAGGCGCAAAUCGCCCUCUUCUUCAAGCGACAGCAGCAGCUCCAGUGAGUCCGACUCGUCCUCGGAGUCCUCCUCGGAGUCCCAGGGCGAGUCCGAAAAGGAAUCCAAGAAGCAAAAGAAGAAGCACAAGAAGGAGUCCAAAAAACGCAAAAAGGAAAAGAAAGUCAAGAAGAAAGAGAAGAAAAGCUCCGAGGAGGGCAGCGCGGAAGAACCAAACGAGGCCCAGCCCGUCUCCACGGUGCGCCCCGAGGAAAUUCCUCCCAUUCCCGAAAACAGAUUUCUGAUGAGGAGGAGCCCUCAGCAGCAGCAGCAGCAGCAGAAGGAGGAGAAAGGAAAAGAGAAGGAGAAGAAAAAGGAUAAAGAGAGGGAGAACAUUGCUUUGAACUCCCAGCCAUCACCGUAUCACAGGAGACUUCUGGUGACAAGAUCUGGCAGGAAGAUUAAAGGACGAGGACCAAGACGCUACCGAACUCCAUCGAGAUCCAGGUCGAGGUCGCGGGACCGGUUCCGGCGCAGCGAGACGCCGCCCCACUGGAGGCAGGAAAUGCAGCGAGCUCAGAGGAUGAGAGCUCCCAGCGGAGAGCGCUGGAUCAAGGGAGACAAGAGUGACUUAUUGGAGAGUAAGGAUGAGACGCCCAAACCUCCAACAAGAGGAAGGGAGCGAAAGUCCUCCGAGAACAAACAGGAGACUCCAGACAGUCCCAGUAAAAGCAGGGAGAAAGAGAAAAGAGGCAGGUCACGCAGGUCCAAGAGCAAGGAAAAGGAAUCCAAGAAGGAUGCAGACCGAGAGGACAAGCACGACAAACACAAGUCCAAGAAAAAGGCAAAAUCUAAGAGUCGCAGCAAGAGCAGAGAUAAGACGGCCAAGUCUAGGAGCAGAGAGAGGGAACAAAAGCGCAGUAAAGGUGAUGAGAGGAGAGGCAGGUCAAGGAGCAAAGACAAAAAUCACACUAAAGCGAAAGAAAAGGUAUCUGAUCUGGGAACAAAAGACCGAGAGAAGAGUAAAAGCAAAGAGAGGACCAAGAGCACAAGGUCUGAAAGUAAGGAAAAGGCCGAGAGUAAAAGCAAGGAUCGAGAGAAGCGCGUCAAAUCGAGGAGCAAAGAGAGGGACUCCAACAAGGACAGGCACAGGAGGUCGAGCAGCAGGAGCAGGGACCGAGGAAGGCGAGCUCAGUCGCGCAGCAAAGACAGGGAACGGAGCAGGAGCAGGGAGCGCCAGCGCGACCGGGACCGGGACCGGGACAGGGACAGGGAUGGGAAGAGACGCGGGAGAUCCAGGAGCAGGGAAAGGAAGAGGAGUCCAGACAAGAACAAAAGUAGAGACUCUCGGAGAAGCAGGAGAUCCAAGAGUGCGGAUCGGGAGCGGGAUAGGAGCAGAAGUGAAGAUAAAGACAGGAGUCAAAAUAAGGAGACUUCGCACCAUAAAAGGAGUCGAGGCAGUGAAGAGAUUCGGCGAAAGAAGAGAUCUCAAAGCAAGGAGAGCCACAGCAGUUCUGAAAGUGGAAGCGAAAGAAAAGCCAGGGAUAAAGAACACAGGAGCAGGAGUCCCAGCUCGAAGAAAAAGGAGGAAAGCAGUAAAGAGAGCGAGCUGUCACACCGGAGCAAGGAGAAAGAGAAAAAACGAUCCUCCAGUGAAGAAAGAAAUCAAAAGUCUAAGAGUCAAGAAAAGGAUAAAAACCAUAGCAAGGAAAAAAAAUACGGCUCAAGUCCAAGUUCAGAUGAGAGUGAUUAAGUAAACGUACUGUACCUUUGGGACCUUUAUUCUGAUGUUAAAUAUCUUCAAUUUGGCUGAAAACACACUGGGGACAUAUCUUUUUAAAUUUGACUUCAGUUGGCUCUUCAGACAAUCUGCAGUCUGGAAUAUUUCUACUACUGAAGUUUUAGUAAAGUUUUAAAGUGACAUGGAACCUGGUUUUGUUCUGGUGUGACUGUAGGUGGGAGUUAUUUUUGUAUGGCUUUCCCUGGCUACAUUUUCCAUAUCUUUUGAAACAAGGAGGCGUCAUCUUUAAACAUUCAGUAAUAAAUUGUUACUGGAAAAUAAGGAACUCCUUAUUUGACCUUGCAAGAAACACGUGGUAUCUACAUGUAGAUGCUUCUGUAAAAAAAGGCAGAGUUUAAAAUGUGAGCUUCAAGCAUCUUUACAGGUGUUUAUCCAAAAACCAGUAAGCUCAGAAUUCUGCACUGUCGGUCUCUUCACUUUCUGGGGGGACAUUAUUUUUUGUUUUAGAGGGACUCUGCAAGAAAGAAAAGAAUGAACUUAGCGUAUUCAACUGAAGUGCGUAACAGGUUAAAAUAUUUGGAAAAUGUAUUAUGUUAGUUGCUUUUUUUGUGUAAAGUUUAAUUAAAAUAGAUUGAACCCCUUGAAAUACCAAAAUUGGAAUGAGUGAUUUGUAUCGCAGAGGUUUUGAGAAGAGAAUUAUCCAUUGUAAAAUGUGGUCAUUUUUGGCAAAAAUGUAAUGUUUUGUAGAUACUAACGAUCGCUCUGAAACGUCUGUGUGACGUUGCAUAGAGCACAGUGAGUUAUAAAAUGUGUAUUUCUGUCCUUCUGUACCCCAGAUGUUAUGAAGGCAAAUGCAAUGUUUUAAAACUGGCAAAUCAUUUUCUUGAUCAUCAUGGAUUGAAAGGGCUUGCUACUAUUGUAUUUUUAAUAUGAGCUCUUUGAAAAACAUUACAUUUAUAAGCAAUGAAAUUUGUAUAUAAUUCAUAUAUGUGAAAUGAUCAGAAUUUGUUGAGCUUCUUUCAUUUUUAUUUUUGUUGGUGUUUACUUUAAAGAUUCAUAAUUUGACAGAAGGGUAUAAAAAAUGCAUGAAUUGUCUCCGGUAUUGUCCUAUACUGAGCUUCUCUUCGUUCCUCAUCCUUUCUGUGUAUGGGAUUGAAGGGUCAGCUCCGUUCUGGGUGAACACUGUACUGGCUGUGCAGUCAAUAUUCUAAAUUACAUGUACGGUUUAAAUUGAAUCCAUAAUUUUAUAUUCUUGUUUUAUACAUUUUUUAAUUACCAACAUUAUGCAGCUAUCUGUGAAUUAAACUGAUUUUUGUGAUCUUCUGCCAUUCAUUAGAAAAUAGUUCUGUUUUUUUUCUUCCAUAUGAAAAUGGUCCUCUGAAUAAAGACUGUUGCCCCAAACGAAGAUAAACGUAUGUUUUACAUUUUGAAUUUUAAAGUUCAGGUACUUUUACUGUUCGGGAAAUAGCCUGAAUUAAUUUUUACUUAGCAUCCGUAAAACCUGUAAAGCACCAUGUGUACUGUUGUAAAUGAGAAUUUGUUCUCAAUUGAUUUACCGGGUUCAAUAAAGGAUUUAAAAAAAAAGGUGGAAACAA